AUAUAGUGAUGCAAACGCCAAAAUUGUGGUAUUCCCGUAUUCGUGUUCCAUUUAUGAAACUUAUCGAAUAUAACCCAACAUUCUUCUCAAAGAAUGAAUAUAUUCAUAUGACUGAAAGAUUAUAUGAAGAUGGGAAAUUCAGACCUGGGAGACGCACAUUUUAUAUUUAUUGCACUGCAUGUGAUUCCUUA